CCGGGUAAUCUCACGUGCCCCCACAGCCAACCUUUUCCCUACAGCGGCGGGCGGGCAUCAGCAGCCCUCCCGGACACCCCCACCACACGCACGACUACAAAAUGCUCUACGAACUGAUCGCCUGUGUCCGCCCCAGCGCCGCCGGCCUGGGCGAAGUCCGCGAGAUCGCGAAAACGUGCGGGAUGGCGGUGCUGCAAGGCGGCGGCGUGAUCCGCACGAUCCAGAACUGGGAGAAGCUCAUGCUGCCGCGCCGCGUGCGGAAACAUCAAACGUACUACGACCGCGGGCACUACUUCCUCAUGCGCUUCGACGCCGCCGCCGCGACCCAGAAGAGGAUGAGGGACGUCCUUGGCCUCGAUCCCAGGAUGGUCAAGUUCAGCGUCGUCAAGGUCGGGCAGAAGUUGGAGGAUGUGGUGAAGAAUGAGUAGGCUGGUGGGAUGGAUGUACGGGGGGGAGGGGGGUGUACGAUUAUGGAUUUGAUGCGUGCCCGGGCGUGUGGAGAAACAGGCUGGGCAAUAUAUUGUGUUCCGGGCUACAUGGCUGGUUUUGGUACGGUGGAGAGAACUCACCCGCUUGCUGGUUUGGGGUCUUCGGGACAAUUCUGCUGCCGGAUUGACCUCGGGGAAGGCAGCGCCUAUGUGUGAGACCGCCCAUUCAUGCGCUUUCCAUAGCUCUAUACGUACAAUCAUCACA